AUGCCUGAGGGUGAUUCCUUCCUCCCUCGCAUCCAGUCGGUCUUCUACGCCAUCUUCGACGCCCGCCAAGGGCCAAAAAUCGUCUACCAGGUUCCAGAAGGACUUAUUGCAGUCCCCUCUGCUGGACCUUCAUCUGCCUCCAAUGACAAUUCUUCAGUGCCUGCUACGCCCUUAACGGAAGCAUCUUCUCCGUUGCCGACUCCUACACGCCCCGGAAAUGGCCUGGGUUCCCGAACUUCGAGCACAUCGCUCAUUUCUCCUACGGAACACCGGUAUGGAGCACGCAAGCUCUCUUCACCACAGAAGCGAUCCAGCUCUUCUCAGCGUACCCUUUUCAACUUCAAUGAUAUCUCAAUACACCGGAUUAUCGGCUUUCCAGUUGAGCUGAAUGGAGCCAACUAUGAACGGAAUUAUUUCCGCUACAACCUCUGCUUCGUCUUUGACCGUGAAGCCGACCUCAGCUGUUAUGAACCAAUUGUACGGAAAGUCAGUCGCGUCCUGAAGAACUGUGAGGAAGAGUCUGCGUUUCUGUCGUCGAGUCAAACGUCUCCAGCCGUUCAUGCCAUUCUUGAACAGCUCUACGAAGAUUUGAAUUCGUACUCGGAGACAUCUAUUGCGAUUGACCAAUUCAACUCCAUUGAGCUAAAAAUCUUCCCUUUUUACCCCAACCCUCCACAAGUCAAAGACUGGAUGGUACCACUCGCGCUCAUCAAUCUGACAAAGAGGAUAGAGGAGAACUGGGACUUGACAAUGUGCAAGGUGUGCAAAUUCAUCGACGGCGUGAAUCAUGUCAGUCGUAUCGCACACCUGGCCGAUUGUGAUAUUUCGUUGACGCGUCAAGCGAUAUCUCAUUUACUGUACUAUCAAGUCAUCAUGACGAUCGACAUCUUCCAAUACUCCAACAUGUACACUCUGCAUAAAAGCGUGCAAUGGCUCGCUGACGAGUCGCACGUCAAGGACGAGUGCGGUCCAUACGUCACUAAGCCAGGGAGAAGUAUCCCAGAUUGGCCAAAACUCCUUCAUCUCUAUUCUCGGCUGAAACCUGGGAAUACCAUUUACGACUGGAUGAAGGCGUACGAUGUUGAGAACUUAGGAAUUGAUGGAUAUCUACGACGUGUCCACCGAUACCCUAUAUACCUACCACCGGAUCCUUUUGAACCAAUGUCAAGCCAAUUGACGUACCCAGUGGCGGAGAGUGUCUUCGACCCAAUAUCCAACUCAACAUUGGCCCGUAAGCGAGGAAAGAGUCUGUCAGGGACUAACAUCCGUUUCCCCGCCUACAACCCCAUUUCCUCAGACCUGCCACUUCCAUGUUCCAGCCGGCUUCAAGCUCAGGUUUCUAUCGUGGCCCCAGCAACCGCGCUUCCUGAGAGUGCGCCCUUCGGCAACCUAGACACACCUCUAGCCUCCGCAACCCCGGUGAGCAUGUCUGCAACGCAUCGCGCGCGACGGGCCAGCGCAGCGGAGAAAGUCCUUGAGCAACUCCGGAACCGCGACAUUCAAAAAUCAGGCGCGAGCCCGCGCACAUCGUGGAUGAACAUGGGCUUCCAGCACGAGGUGCCCUCAACAGCGAACCUGAUGACCGCGACAACCGCGCCUUCGGCGAUGACGAAUGCGGCGAGUGCGAGCACCACGGCGGUGUCUCCCACCCAUACGGCAGCCCUGGUACAGGAGAGCCCUACGAAGUCGGCCGCGCCGGUUGGGAGGUCAGAGUCGCGCCGCCAGUCGCUCAUUACACCUGCCGUCCCGCCUCCGUCGCCUGUGAUGGCGAAAGUCACACUGACUCCAUCCAGGGUGACGCGUCCGUCGAGAUCGCCGUCGACGACAAUGAUACCGCAGCUGCCUCAAGGCCAAGGACAGUCGACGCAAUCUAACAUCCCUCCAGAGUUCAUCCAAUUACUCGAUGGUGAACAUCAUACAGACGAGCUUUCCGUACGGUUUGAAGCAGGAUGGCCUCUCAUCGAACAAUGGCUACGCGCCAUAGGUGGUGGCGAUGGCGAUGGAGAUUAUGGUAGAGUGGUGGUCAUCUACAAAUGA